AGAGCAUCACCAGCAGCAGCGAGUCGUGAGCGGCGUGUGAGUGUGCGUGUGUGUUUGAGCGUGAGUGUCUGUGUGUGAGUGUGUGUGUGUGUGUGUGUGUCAGCGAAAGAUUUCUGAAGAUGCAGGAGAGGUAACGUUAGCUCCUCUGACGGGAUGGCCGGAAUCAUCAAGAAGCAGAUCCUGAAGCACCUGUCCAGGUUCACCAAGAACCUCUCCCCGGAUAAGAUCAACCUGAGCACGCUGAAGGGAGAGGGGCAGCUGUCCAACCUGGAGCUGGACGAGGAGGUCCUGCAGAACAUGCUGGAUCUGCCCACCUGGCUGGCCGUCACCCGCGUCUACUGCAACAAGGCUGCUAUACGGAUACAAUGGACAAAGCUGAAGACCAGUCCCAUAAGUUUGUUCCUGGAUAAAGUAGAAGUUGAAAUGAGGACCUGUGAGGAACCCCGGGCCCCAAACGGCCCCUCUCCGAUUGCCAUUACUGCAGGUCAAAGUGAGUAUGGCUUUGCUGAGAAGGUCGUGGAGGGGAUGUCUGUGAUCAUCAACUCCAUCACCAUUAAAGUUCAGGCCCGAGCGUUUCACGCCUCCUUCGAGCUCUGGCAGCUCCAGGGCUGCAGUCUCAAUCCCAAAUGGCAGAAGAGCGACCUGCGCUACACACGCAUCACACAUCCUAAGAGAGGAGAGGUCCUAACAUUCAAGGAGAUCAACUGGCAGAGUCUGCGUAUAGAGGCGGACGCCAUCGAGAGAGACGAGCAGGACCUGGGCAGCACCCCACUGCGCCUCAUUACCAAUCAGGGACGCAUACGCAUCGCGCUCAAGCGCAGGGUGAAGGACUGCGAUGUGUUGGCCUCUAAGCUGCUGUUUAUCCUGGAUGAUCUGCUGUGGGUGCUGACGGACUCUCAGCUCAAGGCCAUCAUCCACUACGCCAAGUCUCUGAGCGAAGCCAUGGAGAAGUCCGGCCAGCAGAGGAAGAGCAUGGCUGCUGAGACACUACAGACUGCUCCUCCCUCUCCUGGGACCCACUCUCUGUGGACUGAACCUCCUCCACCCGAAGCGGUCGGGACCCCCAGCACACUCUCCCAGUAUUUUGACCUCCACGAUGUCAAGGAAUCAUCCUACCACACGUUCAUCUCCCGACUCGACCUGCAUAUCUGCAACGACAGCUCCUCAGAUUCUGAUGAAGCUCCACCUCCAGGCACACAGGGUGCGAUGCAACUGACCUUCCGGAAGCUGGGCUGUGACUAUUACCCGUUACACAGGCCAGGUGAUGGCUGUCGUCACUGGGAGCGUCACUGCGGGGCGAUGGAGUCUCGUGCUCAAUGGGCCGCCAAACUGCUGGAGGAGUUUCAGAGGAGGGUGGAAGAUCUGGGCAUCCCUGGACCGCAUCCAGAGCCAAACAUGUCUGCUAAAGACUCUCCGGCCAAAAAAAUCAAGGAUGGAGAAUCACUGCCCAAUCUCAGUCCUGAGCGGUCUCAGACCUCACGGCGUACUUCAGCAGCCGUCCCGUCCUCAGGACCCCCGCUGAAGAGGCUUCGCUCCAGCUGUAUGGUGAUCCGUGUGGACGACCUGGACAUCCAUCAGGUGUCCACUGGAGGCCGUCACAGCAAGAGAACACAGUCUUUCUUCUCCUGCAACCGCAAAUCAUUACAUUUCCCAGACAACACUCCUGCAAUUCACCUUCAGUUCACUGAAUACUACUACCCUGAUAACCCUGGACUUCCUGUUCCCUCCUCUAAUCUUUAUGCCCAGCUCAAUGGUCUGCAGCUGUGUCUGGAUGCCCCAAGUGUCUUGUGGAUGACUCUGUUCUCACGGGGUCUACACAGGACGCUAGAUCAGGUCAAAGCCUUUUAUCACCUCCAGGACAGCAGCAAGACAGACGAACACAUCGAUAUCCGCCUGGAUGCAACACAGCUGAAGCUCAUCAUUCCUCUGGAAUCCUCUUUUCUGGAUCACCCAGACCGUCCUCAGUCAUUGAGUGUCAGUCUUCCUCAGAUCGUCCUCAGCAACACACGCCACACUCCUCACGGUUCCCAUUCGGACCUCAACAGCACCUACAGCAGCUUCUCGGUCCACCCUUUCUUCCAUCCCACAGCAAUCCAACCUUUCCCUCGCGAUCAGAGCGUCCUCCAUCCCCUGCCUUCUGCAUUCCUCCAACACUGUCUAGAAAACGAGUCCCUGUCAUUAGCACACAAACGCCCCUCUCGCUCCCAGGAUGUCUGGUCUGUCAAUCUGUCCCGAGUGACUCUUGGAUUUGAGGGGGCUCGUCGAGGGCUAAGAGGGAAAGCUCUUCCCUUUGUGGAGCCCUUUGCUAUAUCCUUAUGGAUGUGCUGCCCUUCUGCCUUCAAAAAAGACUCUCACUGUUCAAAUCUAGUUGCAGAUUCAAAAUCCCAAACUGGUUUUAGCAAACAACCACUUCUUGACCCACAGCAGGGUGUAAAUAACGUCAUAUCUAGUAAAGUUGACCAAACUGAAGAUCUAGUCAACUCUCCCAUGGCCUCUAUUCAUAUCUUAGCCCAAUCCAUCACUCCUGUCAAAAUGUGGCUCAACCACUACCAGUUUGUAGCUCUUUUGCGGAUGAAGGAAUACCUUGCACGACUAGCUGGAGAUUUGACCAAGGAUGUCCAGGGUUUGGGACAACCUGAACAUAAAACAUCAGAUCCCCCUUUGGUUUGUCUCUCAAUCCUAAUGGAGGCGAUAGAACUUGCUCUACUGCUUCCUCCUGCAACAUCCGAGCCAGUAGAAGAAGCCCAUUCUCCUGAGGAAACAGACAGUCCUAGCUUGACCGACCCUGAUUUGUCGCCAUCCCACCAUGCUGGCGAGCCAGGACUAAUGGAGGACAGUGGGACAGGAAGGAAUGAAGAUCAAGAGGAUGAUGCUGAGCAGGAGGGUUCAGUAGAGGAGGCUUAUGAAGCUGUUGAAGAAGGAAUGGAUGGACCAACGGGGCAGGAUGAUGAAACUCAGGCUGCCGUUACUUCCUCUUCUCCUCUGCUUUCUCCAGGGACUCCUGCAUUACUGUCCCAUCAUAGCUCCACUUUCAGCUUGGAGGGAGAGCUGUCCAGUGCCCUGAAUGCCACCAAAGGUGUCACCAAAGAUGCACUCAACGCCUCCCUGGAUCUCACCAAGGGUGCGCUGUCCAUCACGAAAGAUGCCUUCAGCAUCCUGAGCCGAGGAUCUGGAAUGACGAAACUCUUCACUCCUCAAAACAAGGAGCAAAGUGCACGGCCAGAAGAGUCCAGUCCCUCCAUAAUGGGGAACCUGCGGCUUCAGUCCAUGAAACAGUCGCCUUCCCAGAAUUCCUGUGACAGUGCCAUUUUAGAAAGUAGUCUGUCGGAUGAUGGCUUGUCCAUUGAUAGUGACAUCAGUGAAAACUUUGUCAUCCUCAUGGACUCUGAGUCUUUGCGUCCCAAUGGUGCAGGUGUCUCCGGCAGCUGUGUGAGUCCAGCUCCAGGAACAGACCUCAGCAGCUCUCUGUCCCAGAGCACUGAAGACAUUGCUCAAGAUAUGGUGUCUGUGUUAGUUCUGUGUCUGAGUCGAAUGGCGUGCCUGACAGAGAUGCGUGGUGAAGAUAUCGUGGUGGCGCUGGAAGCCCAAGAGCUUGUGCCUAAACAACACGGCAACCAUAAAGUCACAGACCUGCUGGGAGGACUGGCUCUGACACAGGCUGGUUCUUCCUCUCCGAGUGCUCCUCUGUCUCCCGGGCCCCGGUCUCUCUCCUGUCCCCCAGCAGUGGCCCUCAGGAUGGAGAUGGGACCCCGUGCGGCCAGACACUCUCCUCUGUCUGAGAGCAUGGGCUUCAUGGAAAUGUGCCUGACAGGGUGCAAAGCAGAGCUCCUGGCUUCUACCCUAAACAUGCUGGGACCCUUCCUGGAGGACGAGCUCAGCGCAGACCCCCAGCCGAUGAGACUGUGGUUACGGGACACUGCUAUUACACUAAAGGACGAUGGUCCUCGUGUGUACCCGACCGCUCCUCAGCCAGUUCCUGUGCUCUUCUCUCUGGACGGCAUCGUGCUGGAGCGUAUGGAUGAUGGGGUCCUCCGCUUGAGACCUGCGCAGAGCCAAUCAGGGAUCGAGACAGACGGGGACAGAGAUAGAGCUGGCCAGUCCUGCUUCAGAGCUGAGGAGGAGAACAAGUCUCUGGAGUCCAGACUCGCUGAUGUCCAGUCAGCUCUCGAGAAAGCCCUGUCUGACCGAGAGCGCCUGCUACAGGAAGUGAUGAAACACAACCCCUCCUUCACCUUGUGAUGAACAAAGGGAAAGAAACCAGACUCGAGUCCAACUCAACAAUCCAUCCCUUAAUCUCUUGAGUGUGAAAUCACAGGUCUCUUCCUGUAGUGACGUUUCUCUGUAUGUGGCCGCACGACACGGGACUGAAUCCAGUCACAUAUUCUCUUUCACUGCACACUGGAUCAUCUCUUUACUUCUGCUCAGCAUGCUUCUCACACAAGUUUCACGAGAGGACCGUGUACAGCUUUUAGGCUUGAUAGACGUUCCUGAGUGUUGUGCCGUACAGAUGAAGCGGUCACCGAGGAGCAUUAGUGCCAGUGCUGGUGCUCAAAUGAUGAGACUUCACUUUGAUUCAGUAUUACAAUGCUUACUUGUGUCAAUCUCACACAUUCUAUCCAGAUUUAUUACAGUGGGUUACCGUAUUUAAUUUAUUAUUUUUGGUUCAAGUCUGUUACACUAAAGUCACUUUUAGAUAUAUCACUACUCUGUAGAGUUCAGACAAAUAUAUUGACGUUUAUGCAUAUUUAUUUGAACUUUAUAUGCAUGAGAUGGUUAUUUGAUUGGAUGUCCACUGACAGAUGUGGAUCACAAGGAUGUUUUUUUGUGGUUAAUCUUCAGACGUUUGGAUUGAUUUAUCAGCGAAUGUCUGGUUAUUUCAAAUGUGGCCCAUCUUUCUGUUUCCAGUGAGCUUCGGCUUUGAGUGCAAUGUGUAGCAUUCAUAUACACUAAACAAUCUCUGUUAGUGUAUCAAGAGAUUUGUCUUCCACAGACCUUUAGAAAACUUAUGUUACUGUAGUCUAAACUAUAAAGACUUUUCUGUAGAUGGUACGAUCAAAAAUAACUUCAUUCUCACUGCAUGGAAGAAAACGUGUUUUGCAUGACUUUACUUGAAGUGCAACAGCAUCAAGAACACUGACUGUUUAUUUUAUAUCUGUUUUAUUUAAUUUAAUGUAAGGCUGAUUGUUACUGUUUCUGAAGAUUGCCUGUGAUCAGAAUGAGCAUACUGAGCUGAUUUUACUAAUAGUAUUGAUUGUUUUUAGCUGUGUAGUUGGUACUGAAUUCACUUCUGUGUGUGUGUGUGUGUGUGUGUGUGUGUGUGUUACACAUGAAGCUGUCAGACAGUGUGGAGCAGAAUGAUGGAUCUGCUCCUCUCCGGCUGUAAGAUCACCUCGUUUAUGUUUUGCCAUAUAUUUACAUGAAAUGGAAAUGCACUUUACACGCGUGCUGAUUUCAUUGCUCUCCUUUAAAGUUUCAGAAAAGUUCUCAGUGGCUCAGAUUUGCCAAGAUUUCAAAGUCUGUACUCAAAAAUGAAUUUGAACAUUUCUCAUUUGAAUCACCAAUUGAUCUGAGCUGCCAUUCAUAUUAAUAUUGCUGUCAACAAUUAUUCUAUUUAAUCUAUUUAAAGUAAUGUCUGUCAGAUACAGUGUAAGAUUGUACGAUUAUCACGUUGUUAUCAUGAGUUGUGCUUGGUCGUGUCUGAUGUCUUGAUGGUCUUUUGGUUAAUUCAGUACUGUUCAUGUCCCUCUACGGAUAAAAAUCCAAGCUUUUAGUUUGACCUCUGAUCUUUUCAUUACGAUAUUGUAAUAUCACCACUAAAGUCCUGGAACAAAAUAUUAAAACAAAACUGAUAUUUCGUUGGUUCUGUGAACCAUGACCGUGUGAAAAUGUGUCAAGACCAAUGAAGAUCAAUAAAAUGUUUCUUAAAGUUGAA